AUGAUAGAAUCUUUAACUGUAGAGGAUCAGGAAUUCAACGCACAACUUCCAAAAAAAAAAGAUGAUGGAAACUCUCAUACAAUGCUUCCAACGGAUUCACCUUUAACGGAUAUGAACGAGCUGACCAAAAAUAAUGACCAACUUACAGAAAAUGAACUAGAUGAAGUGAUAAGUGCUACUGAAAAUUUCGCAAUGGAGCUAUCGUCUCAAAGAAAAUCUUUGAAAUCAAAAACUAAAAAGAAGAAGUAUCAGGGACGAAAGAAAACAAAUAAAACAAUUGCGGAGCCCUGCAAUUCUGAUGAUGAAACCAUAGAAAUUAUGCCACAGGACAUAAGCUCCCAUGAUUUGAAACAAGAGGAUAAUGUGAUAAAAGUAAAUAUAGAUACAGUAAACGAACGUACAGAAGGUUCGAACGAUGUUCCAACAAAUGUAAACAUUGUCGUCAAGGAAACUUCUGCGGGAGAUACGGCGGAGAAUGCCGAAUACGCAUCAUCGGCCAACGGAUCAGCAAGGGCUGGGAUGGAUAAUAGUCCAACUGAAAAAAGUAAAAGAGGUAAGAAGAGGAAAAACAUGAGUAAAAAGGCUCGCAAUACUUUAAAUCCUACUAGUACUGCAGAUUUUUCGAAACAAACAACACUAGAUUCCAUAUUGGUAGGUAUUGAAGAAUACCUGCAAGAUGAUGACCCAAAGGACGAAGAUAUCAAGGUAAAUGUCGUCAGAACAGAAGCUAUCGGGAAUGAACACAACUUAAAAAAUGGGAUCAAUGAGGUAAGUCCCAAAACUUUAUCAAAAGAACGAUUCGAUGAGCAAGGAAAAGAUGUUGACGCUCCGAAUGGAUCGAUUCAGAAGAUAUUCAAUGCCGAUGUGGCCAACAAAGGCUGCGUUGAUAAAGGAUUUUCGGAAGGCAAAAACCAAAUGAAUGAGACGGAGGAUACUAUAACUUCAGCAGGUCAUGAGACUUCAACCUUUGAUGAAAACGACUUAGAGUCAGUAGGAUAUCAACAGGAACCUCAUGAUCUGGAUGAAGGUCAAGAAAACGCGCAAGCUUUCAAAGCAGAUUCUCUAUUGCAGAGAGAAACUAACACUGCUAAAAAUGGUAGCUUAGCUGAAAAUGAGUUUCGGUCUAAUGUGAGUGGAUCUGAACUUUCAAAAUCUAGAGGGGGAGAACAAGCUGAAAUCGGCGAGAAUGAAGCAAGAGUUCUAGUUCUCGUAAAAGAAGAAGAAGAAGAAGAAGAAGAAGAAGAACAGAAUAUUUUGGAACAGGAGGCCAAAAAAAACAAAAAAUCAAUGACUGCUAAUCAUGAUGAUAACAAAAGCUCUACUAUCACUAUCGACAGUGUUAAUGGCAAUAUUACCGUCACACCCGAAAGCAAGCAAAAAGUUAAUCUUGGCGAAACUGCGGAUCAAAUAAGGUGUAUUGGCAAUGAUGAGGAAAAUUUGCAGAACAAUACUACUGAGUUAUCUUUAGAAGCUGGAGGAAAAGAAAAAGAAAAUAAAAGCGAGCAACGAACAGCCGUAAGGGACAAGGAAACAUUUGGGAUCGAAGAAGGAUCAAGACCAAAAGAGGAACUACUUUUGGAAGGUGAUAGAAAUGAAUCGGAAGCAGAAGAAAAUUUUAUCGUUAUUGAACUAAAAGGUAAUGCGAAGUCUGCGAUGAAUUCUGGAAGAAAUUCCUCCAUUGAGGAUGAAACUAGAACAGCUUCCCAAGAGAACAAGCCAAAGGAGAACAUCAAUCUCGAAACAUCUACAGAAGACGCGAAGAGAGAAAGCGUCAGGAUUGCUGAAACUACUGAAACCACAAAAGAUGACGUUGAGAUUGCUAAAGAAACUCAAAAAGGUGAAGAAGUCGAGCCAGUUGAUGCCACUGAAGAUUUCAAAAAUGAUAGAAUAACCGGGAGCGCUGGAAUCAUUGAGAAAGACAUAAAAACCAAACAUGACGGAAUCGCUCAGGUUGUUAACGAAGAUACGAAAUCUGAGGACAGUUCAGCGGCAAAAAAAAAAGUUGAGACUACUGAGGGAGGUAUGAAAUCCGAAGAUUUCCAUGCUACUGAGUCUCCCAAAGAAGUUAUGAAACCAGAAGAUAGUGAAUUGGAAAAAUCUGACGACCUUGAAGUCAUCAGAGGUGACAACGAGAUUUUCAAAGAGGAUACAAAAACAAAAGAUUUUGAAACGACCGAUUUUCAGGAACAAAAAUUAAAAGCAGAGUUUUCAAGGACCAAUCAAAGUCACGAAGAGGAUACUCAAUUGCAAGACGUCGGAGUCGCAACAGAAGGAGUUGAAACCGUAAAAGAAGAUGUAAAAGGAGCAAACUCUGCUGAGACUUCCAAAGGAGAUACAAAAUGUAAAGAUCCUGAAAUUGUACAGGAAGAGGAUAAGAUUUUCAACAGAGAUGUUGAGAUAAAGAAUGCUAAUGCUUCCGAGGCUGUGGGUGAGAUUUUGAAAGUAGAAAACGUUGAAACUGCCGAAAAAGACAUAAAAUCUAGAGAUGACGAAACAGCAAACUCCGAGGAUCUUAAGCUAGAUUCAGAAGCCGAAGAUUUCAAAGCUGUUGAGAAGACCAAGGAAACUUCAAAGUAUGAAGGUAUUGAAACCGCAAAAGAGGGCGAUAUUAUCGCCAAAGAAGAUACAAGAGAUGAUGGUAUAGAGGAUGCUGAGGUCCUGAUAAAAGAUACCACCGCAGAAGAUAUGAAGGCUGGUGGAGCUUCCGAGGAAAAUACAAAAGUAGGAGACCCCAAGCUUCCUGAGGUUCUGAAGAACAAUGGAAAACCUAUGGAACUCGAAAUUCCACAGGGAGGCGUAAAAGGCCUCAAAAUAGAUGUGAGUGUCGAAGAUGUCAGACCUGCUGCCACUUCCAAAGAUGAGGAAGACCAAGACGUUGAAAGCGCGAGGGUUUCAGAAGAACAUGAGAAUGCAGAGGAGUUGCCGGAAUUAGGGAAAGAGGGCGAAGAAAUUUCAAAAGAAGGCAGUAAGACACUCGGAACGGAGAAAGAAAAGAAAGAAAAUGUCAUUUCAGGCCUUGCAAUGAGUUCAAAAAUUACUGAAGGUCAGGGAGAAGGAGAAAGCGGGACGGCACAAGUUGAAGAAGGCAUAAACCAGUUAGACUUGGAUGAAACAGUCCCCGCCCACACUAGAGGUCCAGGCGAUGAAUCCGGAGCUGAAGAGGCAAAGGAACUUUCCAAGGCACCAACGAUCGACGACAUUUUCAAAGAUAUCCUGGAAGAAACCGACGAGUUUCUGGAGCAAUUGAAAAUCGUUGAUGACUCGGAGAUAAACGCCUUGCUCCAAUCACUAGAUGAAAAGGAAACCGCAACUCAAGCGGCCAAGCAACCCACGCCAGAGCAAUACAAAGCGCCUGCCGUAAUCAAAACCAGCGAGAUCCGCAAACUGAACGAACAAGAGCCCGUAUACAUAUACACAUCACUGGCCGGGGGCGGGUUCCAUAUGAUUGCAAGAACAAACCGUCUGAGCACGAUCUUGACCGCCAACAGGAUCCCGUUUACCUACAGAGAUCUUGGUACGGACGAUGAGGCAAGAAAGGUUUGGAAGACGUUCAGCAAGGGUAGGUGCCUUCCAGGUGUGGUGAGAGGACGCAAUGACCUAAUAGGAAACUGGGAGGACAUCGAAGAGGCUAACGAAGACUACAGGCUGCAGGAGCUUAUUUACGAUACUAUUUAA